AAAAACCCAGACCUUAAAUAGUACUGAAGUUGGGUUACAAUAAUAGAAAACUGGUGAUGUGAAAUAGUAAUUAAGAAAAUGCCAGAAGCCUCAGAAGACCAUAAUCAUUGGAAGGCCUGUUGACUUCCAUUUUCUGGUAAUCUGGAACAUCAUCAGUCUGGCAUGGCGCAGGGCAGUCAACAACUCGAUGUGCAGGUACUCCAUGAUCUCCGACAACGUUUCCCUGAGAUACCUGAAGGGGUGGUGUCUCAGUGCAUGCUUCAGAACAACAACAACCUAGAUGCCUGUUGUCGAGCCCUCGCCCAGGAGAGCAACAAAUACUUAUAUAUGGAGUACCAUAGCCCCGAUGACAGCAGAAUGAAUAGAAAUAGCCUUUUGCACAUUAAUCUGGGUAUUCAUCCUCAUACCAGCUAUCAUGCAGGGGAUGGAGCUCAACUUAAUGGUGGUCGUACACUGGUACACAGUUCAAGUGAUGGACAUAUUGAUCCACAACGCACAGCAGGUAAACAGCUGAUAUGCUUAGUUCAAGAACCACAUUCUGCUCCCGCUGUUGUGGCAGCUUCUCCUAGUUACAAUCCAUUUUUCAUGAAUGACCAGAAUAGAAAUGCAGCUACUCCUCCUCCACAGCCACCUCCACAGCCAUCUUCCAUACAACCAGGAAUGAACACGUCUGCUAUGCAAGGCCCUCCUCCCACGUAUAUGCACAUACCUCGGUACAGUACAAAUCCCAUUACUGUUACAGUAUCACAAAACCUCCCCUCUGGACAGAGCGUACCCAGAGCUCUACAAAUUCUUCCACAGAUUCCAAGCAAUCUUUAUGGGACUCCUGGCUCUAUUUAUAUACGACAGACAUCUCAGAGUUCUUCAGGACGACAGACUCCUCAGAAUACACAGUGGCAUUCAUCGCCACAGGGCCCAGUUCCACAUUAUACUCCCCGUCCUCUACCUGUGUAUCCCCAUCAACAGAACUACCAACCUUCUCAGUAUUCUCCUAAACAACCCCAGAUCCCUCAGUCAGCUUUUCGAUCACCACCGGCAUCCCAGUGUCCCUCUCCCUUUGGCUCUCCUCAACACCAAGUUCAGCCUCCUCAGUUGGGCCAUCAGAGUUCACACGUUUUCAUGCCUCCUAGUCCUUCAACUGUCCCACCCCAUCCAUAUCAGCAAGCAUCCCAGACUUUUCAAAAACAAGGCGGUCACUCUGUAUCAUAUCUUCCUCCUUUUGCUGGACCUAGUUUAUCCAAAGGUUCCAUGAAUAAAAUAGAAAUUACAGUUGAGCCACCACAGAGACCUGGGACUGCAAUGAACAGAAGUCCUUCACCGAUAAGUAAUCAACCAUCUCAGCGAAACCAGCACCCGCUGUAUACAACCACUACUCCUCCUUCAAGCUCUCCAUCAAGAGGUAUGUCGGGUCAACCCAAACCUCCAUUUAGUGUUAAUCCAGUAUAUAUUACCUACACUCAACCAACUGGACCUACAGGUGCACCAACACAGUCUCCUCGGGUAAUGGUAUCUCAGCCGAACCCAACUAUUUUUAAAAUCACAGUAGGUCGAGCACCGACUGAGAAUCUUUUAAAUUUAGUGGACCAAGAAGAGCGUUCUGCAGCACCAGAACCUAUUCAGCCUAUUUCUGUAAUCCCAGGAUCUGGAGGAGAAAAAGGAAGCCAUAAGUAUCAGAGAAGUUCUAGUUCUGGAUCAGACGACUAUGCUUACACACAAGCCUUGCUGUUACAUCAACGAGCAAGGAUGGAGAGAUUAGCAAAGGAACUGAAACUUGAGAAAGAAGAGCUCGAACGCCUGAAGUCUGAAGUCAAUGGUAUGGAGCACGAUCUAAUGCAGAGACGGCUUCGAAGAGUUAGCUGUACAACUGCAAUUCCAACACCUGAGGAAAUGACCAGGUUGAGAAGCCUCAACAGACAGCUCCAGAUAAAUGUUGACUGUACACUGAAAGAAGUUGAUCUCCUUCAAUCUAGAGGGAACUUUGAUCCGAAAGCCACAUGUAACUUCUAUGAUAACAUAGAGCCUGGUCCUGUUGUGCCACCAAAGCCAUAUAAAAAGGAGCAUCAAAACAGCUCCAAACAGACUCCACGGACUCAGCCAAGAGAUGAAGACUUUGAAGGGGCUCCAUGGAAUUGUGAUAGCUGCACCUUUCUAAAUCACCCAGCACUAAAUCGCUGUGAGCAGUGUGAAAUGCCACGAUACACCUGAAAAUCAGGAAGGGGCUGCAUUGAGUUGAAAACAGGCUCUCAAGCCAACAGCUGUAGGAGAAGGAAACAUGGGGAACCUUUCAGUCCAUCUGCCCGGCCUUUGCCAGUCAACAAUCUUCAUAUUGCAAGGGGUGGGAGUAAUGUGUUCAGAUGUUUCUGCUUGUGCUACACUAUAAAUAAAUAAAGGGUAAAAUUCUUUCUUAUCCCAUUGCUUUGAGCAAAGCAGAAAACGAAACCUGAAAAAGUAAAAGGAUUAAUUUUGGGAAGAAUGUAUACAGGAAAGCAAAUAACUACUGGUAUUUAGUCCUGUGGUUAUAGUUACUGCUUAGUGGCUCAAAAAACCCCCCAAUAAACUGUUUUGUUUUGGGUUUUUUUUUAAGAAAUUGUAGGACUCUUAGUAAUGGUGUGAAAUGUUACACUUAACCAGAAAAACUGAAGAGCCAGAGCUGACUUAACCUGGCCACUGCUAGCUGGAAAACAAAGGAUCCCUGUGCUUCUAGAUUGUAAGCUACUGAAAAAGAAGACAGGUAAAUUCAAGGAAUUUUUGCAAUGUAUCAAAAGCAAGGAGAAGGGUAUUUGUAACUGCUGCUUUUUUUCAGGGUAACUUAUGUCUACAAAAAAUUGCUGUUUGAAAUAGUAACCUAAGGUGACUAAAUGAGAUGCCGUAUGAGUGUUACAGAGAGUUUAAUCAGAGGUAAUUUUUUACAAUCCCUUUUGCUUGUACAGUGCUCACCUGGCUGUGUCAACACUGGUAAUAAACUAAGAAUGAAUUCUACCAUACUACGGAUGAAAAUACUGCUGCAUGCUUUCAAUAGGCCGUCGUGUUUCAAAGCUAAAAGUAUGCUUUUAUAUACAACAAUCUUCUAAGCCUGUGCUGUGUGGCAGCACAGUGACGUAUGCCAAACACAGACUACUCCAAAUUUCAUUUGAAAACUUGAGCUCAGCCAUGGUUGUGUAUGAGAAGAGUUUGUACCCAGUUCCUUAGGCCUUUUCAGCUUCCAAUUUGUGAAGAAUUCAUGAUGUUUACAGCACAGAAGGUACUUUGUGCCCCAGUUCAAAGUUAGCUGAAAAAUAAUGAAUCAGCUCUUCAGUAAAGGUUUAUUUGCACAUUGUUAAUAAACCAGCCUGUAUAAAAUAGCAGAUGCCAGAUCUUGAAAAAUUACACACUGCAUUCUUUUUAUUUUGUUCAGGAAAUAUUUGCUGUAGGUUGAAGAACACAAGACUUGCAACUGAAAAUCAUACUGGUACUUUUAUGCAUAUGUUAUACUGUAUUAUAAAGGUGAUGUUCAAUUUGUUUGAAUGUUUCAGGUUGCUGUAAUAAAGCACUCAAUACUUGUGAAAUCAAACUUGGGUUUGGGCAGCUGAAUGAUUAUGUUACACAACUGUGCGACUGAGUAGGAUGUUCUUGUGUACUGAUCAGAAGCUGGUACAGUGCAUUUGAGUUUUUAUGGUAUAACUUUGUCAAGAUUGAGAUGCAACAAAGCACAUCAGCUGAGUUAUGGUAAUUGGCUUUGCAUCUGUGAGGCAAAAUGUGCUAGCUAAACCUUACCAGAAGAGAUUUAAACUACUUCGUUUUACAUUGUUCUUAGCUCAUGGCAGCCACAUCCAUAUGGUCAAUUACCACAAUUCACUUGAUGUGUGAUAACAUGUUAAGUUGUGGUAGAACAAUCAUGCGUCUGAAUCCUUAUUUUAAAUCAAGCGUCGUUUGUAAGGGGUGGGUGGAGAAAAACUCAUCUUGACUGCAUUGCUCAAUCUGGUGUCUUCUCUCCCUGCAGUUUAUAAAGAUAACAGUAAAAACCAAACUGUGAUCUUAGAUGAGGAACCAAUAUUUUAUCUGGCAUUUUUCAAUAUGUUCUUGCACUAAUUAAAUCUUCAGCAUAAUUUUAAAUAAGCUAAGAGAUUCCAGCAAUCAAUUGUAUAUCACUGAUGAGCAAGUUAAAGUCAAAAGCAUCAGAGCUAGUCCCUCCCCUCCCUAUUACUAUGUGGGGAGCUUAUCACAUGUGCAGAGGCAUAAAAAAGUUACUGUCAAAUGAAGUUAGAAGGCAGAUAAGAAUUUUAUUCAUGUAAGUGGACAGUUUUGACAAAACUGAGAUAAAUGGAAAACCUAAGCAGAAGCAUAAUACCUAGGAUAAGCAGUACCAUUGCUGUUGUCAGCUGUAUAAUGAACUCCUCAAAACAAUACCAGUAACUUCAUGACUUUUCUAUCAUGAUGCCUUUGCCUCUGUAUUAGUUCAAUUUUCUGUUCAUUUGUACUUCUAUUGAAGUUCUAGAAGCAUUUGUUUUUGCUGGAAUUACAAAAUGAUAGCAACUGAAAUGUCAGUCAGCAAAUGUGAGUAGGUGUGUCAUGCAUCAAUAGAGUUGUGCCAUUUUCAGACAGAAUAGAUGCUGCUUUUGAAGGAGGGGGAAAUGCACGCAGUCCAAUAAUUCCCUGAACUGUAAUAACCAUAAAUAGAAACUUGCUAAUCUUAGUCAUAGCCUCACCAGAGAAGGAUAAGGAAGGCUGCCAUGACAGCAAGAUACUUUUUGGAAGACUGAGUGAGUGCCAUUAAUUGCCAUUGAAUUCCCUCAUACCAAUAAUUUUACUCCAGUUUUUUAAUUACUCUUAUUUGUUGCUUCUACAAAAAAAAACCCAAACCUUGUAAAUGCCCGUACUCAGACGUUAAUAGCAAAGACUUUACGUGGUGCUUGAAUAUUUCUAGUUUGUUAGAAUGUAAAUUGUAUUUUGAAUAUUGGAAGAUCCUUUUUCCUUAUGAAAGCAGGUGAUGCCAUUCAUACCCCAACUGAAUUGCAGAUUAUGCCAAAAAGAUUGGUUUAUGUAAUAUUUAUUAAAUGCACAUAAAACCCUAAUGUCAGCUGGCAUACAAAAUGCACUGUAUUGUAUAAAACGUGUGUGUGUGUGUGAGAGAGAGAGAGAGAAUGGUGGGAUGCUGAUGCCAUUGUGUUGAGUUAAUGCACUACUUGUGUUUUCUUUUUUUCCUUAAUGACCGAGCUUUCCCUCAACCAUGCUACUAGAUUGGUAGAGUUUGUAACUGACUUGGACAUUCAGAUAUUCAAAAUAAUUUCACUGUUUAUUGCAAUUUUAUAAAGCUUAUUUUAUAUUUACUGUGCCGUUAAGAUGAAUUCCCUUUAAUUAUAGAAUACUACUGUAGUUCUUUCAAAGUUUAUUUAGAGUGGAGCUUGUGGAAAAUGAUUCAGAAUAUAGUAAACCAAAAGAAAUCCUGAACUUUGGAUCUACUUCUGAUUUGAUGUAAUUAUUAGUCCUGUUUGGGUGAAGAGGACAGGGGUGGGAAAUCAAGCAAAAGGAAGUACUUUGUAAAAUGUAGUCUUAGAUCAGAUUGAAUUGUGUAUCUGUGUGUCUGUAGUAUGUGUGUGUUUCCCUUGAAAAAUGGGAGGUGUGGUGAAAAGAUGUAAUAAUUCUUAAAAGAGCUGGUCUCAGUACUUUCUGAUUAUGAUAUGCUACUAAAUCACUUUUUAAAACAAACAAACCUUUUCUUUCAGUUACUUUAUCCCAGUUAUACAUCUCUCAUUUCAAUUUCUCGAUACUUUUACAUUUAAUGAUUGUAAAACCCUUUGAAACUGAAAUAAAAAUACCUGAGUUGAAAUGGGGACAAAACAAAAUUAAAACAAUAAAGAAUGUUUUAAAAAAGAAUGUGAGAAUAUUACAUGUAUCAAAACAAGUUUGUCAUCAGGGUGAUAGUUUUUGUUUUAAAAUUCAGUGAUAUACCCUAGAAUGUGAAAAUUACUAUCCUGACAAGAAGUGAACAGUUGGAAAUAAACAAUUCAUCAGCUUGUUUUGUACCACAGAAUUUGUGUUCUGUACUACAGUGAUUCUAAAUCCCGUAAAGAUGACAUGAACAGAUAUCACAUCUCAUAGUCAGUACUGUCUCUAUGUGCUGCUGCAUUUGCUUUUGUUUCAAAAUGUCAAUAUUAUCUGAAGCUAGACAUGACUGAAUUUUGCCAGAUUUCUUCAGUUUGGGGCUUUCAUUGCUCUUUUUGUCCAUAAAUAUUAAUGCAAAUAUUUUUCUUGGUUUUGAAUAAUCAGAAAUCAAUGGAGUUAAUGCAAUAUUAUAAUCCUGGAUUUUCAGUACCUUUGAAACUGAUUUUAAAAAAAUGUGUUCUUGAAACUUAUUUAUUUAUGGUGGCACCAGUGUAUCUAAUCCAUAUUUCCUGCUGUGUGAAACCCUGUUAAAUUUUUUCAUUAAAAAAAGAAGACACGAUCUUGUUUAAUCCUGUAUAUAUGGUGUCUACAUUCUAGAUUUGUGUAUGCUGUGAAUGAACUUAUUACUAAGAGAUGAAAUUGUAUAAAAGCAUUCAGAGGCUAUGCAUGCAUGGUACCUCCAGAAAGUGCAUACUCCAAGUUGCAGAUUCCUGCAAAAAUAAAUUAAUAAAACUAAGCAAACAUAA